GACUCGGAGCCCCGCUGGCCGGGCAGAGCGCGCGGAGCUGCUGCGGGGCGCACGGCGAGGGCUCCAGCCGCCCCAUGGCCCCGCUGCUGUUGGCGCUGGCCGCUGCCUCCCUCGCUUGGCCGUGCGCGGCCGCCCCGUCGGGGAACCGCUUCUCCGAGGCGCGGGUGGCGCGCUGGGCGGCGGCGGCGCUUCGGCACGUGGCGGCGGCGCAGUGUCCCGAGCGCGGCGGGCUCUUGCCGCGGCCGCAGUGCCAGCGCCUGGCGCGCCUUUCCCAGGGCCCUGGGCCCGCCGUCUAUGUCUCCGAGCCCGCCCGCCCGGGCCACAAGGUGCGGGCGCUGCUGCCCGACGGCUGGGGAGACAGGCCCGGCGCUCCGCCCUUCGUGGCCGGCCGCAACCAGAGCGGCAGCCCGCUGCGCCCCACCGGCGCGCCCUCCGCGCAAGACGCCAUCCUGGUGCUGGACCCCACCCCGGGCGCCAACUUCGGCCACCCGCUCCUGCUCUUCUAUGUCGACUUCCACGUCAGCCCGCGCCGGUGCCGGAGCCGCGACAGCCUCUACGUGGGUGAGUGAAUGCCGCAUCCUCGGGCCACGCGCGCCCCGUGGACGACCACAUAUUGGCUUGCGCCCAUCCCACCCCAGGCUUCCUAUUUCCUCCCGUUCCAUGGUGCCAGGACCCAGAUCAGAUCUGGCAUUUGUGCUCAAAUCUGCCCGCAUUUCAACCCUAAACCACAAGGAGCAAUCCUAUAGAGGAGCCUGAUCCUAAGCAUAUGCAGAACGCAUAUGCAGAACCGCACCCAGCAUCUGAUCUGCGCUGUAAAGGCGUCCACAUCAGAUGACCCGGCAUAAAAUAAGGUGGUUUAAAUAAACGUUGUACAGCGGUUAGAUAUGAGAUCUAGUCAUAUCUGAGGCCCAGUGCCGCUCUGGUUUACAAAACAGGCACUUGCGCCUACCCUUCCCCAAGAUUCAGUAUCCCAACUGCUGCACCCUGUGACCCGCCUUAUCCUCGGGACAUUCUUUUCUCACGAAAAUUACUGGCUGGUUUAUGCACCUUAAUCCUCCUCCUGGUGUUCUUCCUCACGCACUGGAUCACCUCUUCAGAUAUUUUGUAGCUUCUUUUUCAGCAUCGCUUGGGGCAGAGUGCCCUUUGCCCCAGUAUCUUAAAAGACAGGGAAGAGAAUGUUGGGGCGGGAGAUAAACUGUCCACUGAGGAUGGGCUAAUCUGGAAUUAAUUAAAAGCAGUUUUUAUAUUUGAUUGAUUGAUUGAUUGAAAACAUUUCUAGGCUGCUUAAUAUUAAAAAACCUCUAAACAGUAUACAGAAAUCCACAAAAAAGAAAAUUAGACAGUAUCCUAAAAACAGAUUAGAACAUUAAAAAACAGCAACCCAGGAAAACAGUUAUUAUAGAACCAGGGAUUCAGGAAAAGAUAUGUCUUUUCAAGAAAAUCAACUGAUGGAUGAUACUUCAGGUAUGGCAGAGGGAGAGACAUUCCACAAUGUAGGAGCAAUGUUUGGGGUUGCAAGAUGAUGUCCUCCCAGAUAAGACUGAGGAGUGAUUUGGGGUCUCCAUCUUGUGACUUGUCUUAGUUGCUCAAGGGAUCUAGUUGCCUGCUCUGCAGUAAUUCUGGCUCUUCCUCUUUGCCAGACACUGAUUUCCAUGGUAGGAGCUAUAAGCAGGGUAGGGGGUUUGGUGUGAGAUGUGAGGAGCACCUGCUUACUACAGACUGAUCUUUGGGUUCCCUCUGAUCCUAUGAGCCAGUGAAAUCUGGAAGGAAGGCUGCCUGGCUUCUCCAGCGUCCUCCUUUCACAUAUGCUCCUGUUCUCAUCUCUGCCUUCCACACACAUGCUUUUGUAACUGCAAUUGGCAAGUGCAGUUGGGACUGUCGGGGCUCUCACAGUGUCUCCUUUCCAUCAGUGAGUUGUGUGUGACGCUGUCCCUAGCUCAGUGUUUGUGUCAGUCCUGUAUGCAGUGGCAUCCUGAGACCAGCCUGCAGGGGUUACUUGGAGAAUUUGGGAUAGCCAAGAGAGAGGAUCUACUGCUGGAGGGGCAUCUCCAGUUCCCUCCUGAUCCUGGGAUGCGCUGGGGAAAACUCCAUCCCUACAGCCUUGAGGGGCUCUCUGGAGUCUAGUGAGCUUCUGUAAUCUCAAGGCAGAGGUGGCAUCAGCGGAAGAGUCUGGUGCAGGAAAGUUAGAAGGUGCUGCAGUGCAAAGGGUGACAGGUGGGAGGCUCAGUUGGGUGGAAUCUCUCCGGCAUGACUGUCAUUGAUGGGCUAAUACUCAGGGUGUCUUUCAGGGCUUAGUAUGAAUCAGGGUUUAGCCCUUUGAACACAGGAAUCCCAGAAUCUGUGAUAUAAGAUAUGUGACAGGCAGAAAUCAGCCAAAUACUUGUGCUAGUGCAAUAGGAUUCCCUCUCCACUGUGCCAUCCCCAAAUCUGAUCCAGAGGGUUGAGGGGAACACCCAGAACAGAUUUUGGGGGUGUGCAAAGGGGAGAAAGCAUUACAUUGUGCAAGGAGAAUUCCUUGCUCUUAGGCGCUGAAAACAACAGACAGUUUAUCUGAGCCCAGGGAGCAUUUCCUUCGCAUCAGUCUUUCUUGCUGAUGUUGAAAAGUAGGAUUGUUGCUCUAGUCCUAAACCGUCUCACCUGGGAGUAAACUCCAUUGAAUUCCAUAGGAUUUGCUUCUGAGUAGACAUAGUAGUAUUAGUUAGACAUGCUUAGUUAAUUGAUUUGUUCUAUGUAAAUGAGGAAAUAAAAAAAUUCUGGAAGGGAGGAAAGCAUCCUUUAAAAGAAAUAUAUUUAUGCGCAUUACUGUAUAUUGCAAGUCUCAUAUUAGAAGAGAUUUUCACUCAUGUGGCUGAGACAACAGAGGAGGAAUGCAUCUUCUUUCUUUUAAAAAUAACUAACCUUCAUUAUUUUAAAAUGAUUAACUUUUUUUUUAGUGUGAUUAAUCAUGGAGUCCUUUUUUAGCCUAUCAGAAAUGUGUUUUAAUCCAUCAACCUUGUGAAUUAAUUGGCCAAGCAUUGCAGCCUAACUGGCAACCAACUCCUUUCCUAUCCUCUCCAUUUUUUGGAGGGAGUUUUAUACCCCAUACUUUACACCUCUAGGAGGAAAUCCUCUUUUAUUCUGCUUGGGGAGACAAGAUUCUGAUUUGGUUCUGCACAGAUUACAGUAGAGAUAUAGUAUGCACAGGAAAUUAUGGCUUGUUGCUGUUGUUGUUUUAAUAUUUUUAUUGACGUUUUAGAUAAUAUAUACAAACAAGAAUGCAAAAAAUAUUGUGAACCCCCAGCAAACCAGGAGACAAAUGGUCAUAAACAGUAUAUAAUAAGACAAAAUAAAGAAAAACAAGAUGUAUAUUUUCUCUGGUCUUUCCACAGGGUUGAGGGUGUUGCACAUGAAUGCUCUAUAAACUGCUCAUCGAUCACAACUGAAGCAAAGAUUCAUUCCCAUCAUCUGUUCCACAGAAUCUAAUAAUAUCUUGGAACCUUUUUGAACUCUGCUUGUCCCAUGGAGAAAUUAAGAAAAUUAAACCAUGCACUAAAAUAAAAUAAUAUUAAUGUAUAUAUAUAAUAAAAUAUAAUAUCUAUUAUUCUGUGUCCAGGGCAGCUGUCCACCAGCUCCAUCUGGUACACCAGCUGAGACCCUGCCUGCCUGUGCACUGUAUCGCCAGAGUGGUGCAUGCUCUAGUUAUCUCCCUCUUGGACUACGGCAAUGCGCUCUGCGUGGGGCUACCUUUGAAAGUGACAGGGAAACUACAACUAAUCCAGAAUGCGGCUGCCAUAUUGGUGACUGGGAGCGGCCACUGGGCCAUAUAACACUGGUCCUGAAAGACCUCCAUUGGCUGCUGGUACAUUUCUGAGCACAAUUUGAAGUCUUGAUGAUGACCUUUAAAGCCCUAAACACCCUUGGUCCAGUAUACCUGAAGGAGCGUCUCCGCCCCCGUCGUUCAACCCAGACACUGAGGUCCAGCACCAAGGGCCUUCUGACGGUUCCCUCAUUGCAAGAAGCGAAGCUACAGGGAACCAGGCAGAGGGCCUUCUCGGUAGUUGCACCUGCCCUGUGGAACAAUGUCAAGGAAAUAAACAAUAAUCUGACUUUUAGAAGACACCUGAAGGCAACCCUGUAUAGGGAACUUUCUCAGCAGGUUUUAUUCCAGACAUGUUUGUUCUUUGCCUGCAGGCGGCUACGAAUGCUUGAUUCCAGCCCAGAGGAGCCGCUGUGAGAACCAGCUGAAGCGCCGACCGGGCCGUGGCAAGGGAAGGAGCCAGCGGUCUGCGGGACGCAUCCGCCGUGAGGAGCCCCCCGUCGGUCUCUGUGAGAUCCAUUUCCUGCCCAUGGUAGUGGUGGCACAGGACCCCAAACACCUGCAAAGGCUGAACUGCGUGGGUAAGUCCCUGGAUUGGACAGGCAAUGGAGUGGAGGGGGGCAGGGUUACAGGAUCAGGAUUGUAAACCACAAAGGAGACUUCCCCACUUUCAGGAUUUAGGAAGUCCAAACGUGGGCAGUGGAGGAAGAGGGGAUGCAGCAGGUAGAUGACAGUCUGGCGCAGUGGUUAGAUUGCCUGGUUAGGACCUGGGAGACCAAGGUUCAAAUCCCCACUCACCUUGAAGCUCAUAUCUGGCACCUUGGGCCAGUCACUGUCUCUCAGCCUAACCUACCUGGUUGUGAGGACAAAAUGGGAAGGGGGAGAACAAUGUGACCACCUAUUUAUUUAUUUAUUUAUUUAUUUAUUUCAACCGUUUUUCUACCACUUAACACCUUAGUCCCUAAGCAGUGCACAGUAAGGUUAAAAAGAUACACUAAUCAGUUAAAACUGUAAAAAAGCAGAAAACUUUCUUAAAGUGCCUGCUGGAACAGAAAAGGUCUUCAAUAGGUGUUGGAAUCUCAGCUGGAAGGGAGCACCACAGAACUAGAACUUAAUUGUCCCAAGUUUGCCCUUGGCCUAGGGCACCUCAACUCACCAAUCAUUUUCUUAUUUCCUGUGUCCAGAGGUGGAUCUACUUUGAAACUAAUGAAGUUUGAGCUUCAGGGCCUCGAAUCCUGGCAGCGCCCCAGAAGUAACUUCCGUCCCCAUCACUUAAAAAAAAUGGGUCUCUUAGACCCCAUAUGAGUGGAUUCAUUUUUUGUUGUCUAUAUUUCAAUAAUCCCAAGGUCUGAGAGUCCGUAGCGCAGAUGUUGUAAUGGUGUGGCAAUCUGUUGUGGAAUGACCCCAUUGCAGAUGAUAACAGUGGUUACCCAGACCUUGUUGUGAAGGGGCCCCCAUGACAGUUCAAGUGUCUGUCAGGGUCUGCUCCAUGGGCCUGAGAUUCUUUCACCUCCUGCCUUCCUGCUACACUUCCUUUUCUUUCCCAGAUCUCCGUGGAUACAGCCCCUGCCCGGAGCCCCUGCCCCUUGCGAGCUCUAGCUCCACAGCUGCUUACUGCGAACUCAACAAGAACACGCGGCGAUGCCACCGGCAGCAGCUUCCGCUGUACAAGUCUUGCCGCAUGUACCAGACAUGUGACCAUGCUGUGCUGAUUGCAGGUGAGAAGUGGUGCCUGGGGGCUGCGAGGAGCUGCUGGUUCUGGGAAUCUGAAGCCAUCAGCGGUGUGAGGUGAUUUUUUUCCUAGGGUAACAGUUAGGGCCAGAGGCACCAGCUUGUGAGGGCGAUAGCGGGAGGGGGCGACAUUGUGUGAGAGAGAGCAUCGCGCCUCCCUCCCUAAGAUGGCAGAAGCUUCCUGGGCUUUGGGAAGGAAGCUCCAGACUUUAAUACUUCAAUAUUCUAAUUUAGCGGGGACAUUUAGGGGACUAGCCUAGUCCCCCAGUCCACUGACCACACACCACUGCAAGCCAUUGCAUUUGGCCAGCGGAUAGAUGAGGGUGAAUCUGAUUGGAGGCUCAGCCUUGUGCUGCGUCAGCCCAUUGGUCCACCUAGCUGAGUAUUGGCCACUCUGAUUGGCAGUGGCUCUCCAAGGUUUCAGACAGCGGACAUGCCCAACCUUAUCUGGAGAUGCCGAGGAUUGAACCCGGCUCUUUCUGUGUGCAAGUACAUGCUCUGCUACUGAGCUACAGCUUUGUUCUACUGGGCAUGAGCUUAAGGGGCCCCUUUUCUCCUUGAGGGGCAGUGUUAGUGCUCCUAUGCCCCUUGCAACCAGCUUCAGCCUCUCUUCCACCAUGUUUUUCCCCCUGGAUUGCUUACCGUGCUUCUCCCCCAGGUGGCUGGCAGGAGCAGGUCACCUACCCCCGCCAUGCGCAGAACCUGCUGCUCUUCUACCAGAUGCUUCGACGCAAUGGCUUCCGCCAAGAGCACAUUAAGGCCUUCUUCGCGAGCGAGGGGCAGGCCUCAGGUACCAGCACAAAAGAGAGCUAGCUGUCGGCUGCAAGGGUGGGAUGGGGCUCUUGGUUUCCUGGGGGGGGGGUGACUUUUCAGUGCCCAUUGAUAGGGCUGGGCGAUAACCUGGUUUUCAACAUUGUGAUAUAUCACCAGCUAAAUAUUGUGAUAGACUGAUAUCUCAUGAUGUCUAAAAUAAGGAGGAAGGAGGAGAUAAGUCGAGAUACUUUGCCCGGCCCUACAGCUGAGCAAGUCCCAAUGCCGCUCCUGCUCACUCGAGCUGGAGGGACUUCCUUAAAUUUCAGCAUCAGCUAGCUUCACAAAACUGUGCUUUCUGCUGGCUGCUUCCAGGCGCAGGCACACGUACAGACACAGAGAGAGAGAGAGAAAAGGGAGGGAAGAGCACCUGCUCAUUCAACUCAGGGAGACACAGAAGCACUGGGUGGUUUCCUGGUUUUUCCAAUAUUGUGAUUUUUGCAUAAUACGUACACUCACGCACACAUGUAAUUCAUGAUAUAUUGCCGGGUCAUUUAUUUUGAAACAGUUAUCACAAUGGGGCCAGAAACUGGUUUUAAAUGAUAUAUCAGUAUAUCCCCCCAGCACUACUCAGGGGUGUCGGGACGCCAUGAGCUGCUCUUCAGAGGCAAGACUCUGUUCCUGGCACUUCCUUCUCCCUGCUACCAAGGUUCUGCAUUGGGGGGGGGGGUGUAUUGCAUUUCAGAGUGUCACCCUACUUGUCCAUCCCACUUGAGAAAAUGCUGGGUGUGAAUGCAUAAGUAAUCUAGCCCUGGGGAAAUCUCGCCUUUGGGUUACACGUCCCUGCAAAAAUUACAGGCCUGCACGGCAUGGACCAAACCACCUGUGGGGCAUUUUGCAGAGUGGGCUAAUGAGGGAGCCUAGCAAAUAUUCCCAUGCUGCUCCCAACUCUGGCCCCUUCCCAGAUGAGCAGGAUGUGGUGGCAGGGAGCAAGUGGCGGUAGGAGGAAUGAGGAUGCCACGGGGAAGGUGUUCCCAAACUGUGGUCAAGCUGCUUUCAGGUGGUUCGCAUUAAAUACUCAAUUGUAUUUUCAUGCUUCUUCAUUUUUCUUUCCUUGCGUUUUAUUACAUUACAAUUUGAAUCGACAGAACGCAAUAAAACACGUAUAAGGAGGACAGCUUGAAAAAUCAGGCAGCAUCUAGCAUGGUAUAUUCUAAUUGGUACAACAGGGAGAAAAAAACAUUAAGUGGUGUGCCAAGACCAAUGGUUUUUGGGUGAUCUGUGGGAGGGGGGGACUGCUGCUUUGGUGUACAAGACUGGAGUGGGUUGGAGGGAGGAGACAGGCUUGUGGGACAUGGGAUUAGCAGAUCCCUCUCUCCCUCUUCUUUUCCGGACAGUGACUGUGGAGAUGGGCGACGUGCACCCAGCCACCGAGAAGCUGGCCAUUCGCUCCCACCUGGCCCUGGUCUGCAGGAGCCUACACUGCGCCGACUCGCUGGUGCUCUACCUCAACAGCCCAGCAGCCAGCGAUGGCACCAUGCUGCUGUGGGAUGCCAACCGUAAUGGCAUUGUAAGUGGGGGGGUCAGGGCUGGAAGCCAGGGAGAGGCUGUCUAGGAGGAGCAGGGCAGCGCUUGCCCAUGGAGCCACCAACAUUGGCUGUCCCAGGCACUCGUCUCUCUACUCCCGUUAUGAAACAUCACAAGCCAUUUCUGUAUUGAUUGAUUGAGUGAAUUUAUAUACCACCCUAUACCCAGAGGUCUCAGGGCGGUUAACAGAAAAGAUCACAAUAUAUAAAAUCAAAAUAAGUACAAUAACCUAAUAACACCUCCCCCAAAAGAGCCACGUUUCAAAAGGGUAUAGGAGACAAAAUGAACCUGCUGCUGUUUUCUUUUUUUGAGGAUAUUUUUAAAAAUUGCCAAACCAAGCUGAUCUAUCAUCAUUGUUCAGGUAUGAUGGGAAUGGUCCAGUUUUUUUUAGCCCUUUGGCCUUAGCUAUGAUAGGAGGAAGGUUUUAUCCCAUCCUCUGUCCCCACUAUUGAUAUCAACCCUCUUCUAGCGGAAUUUUGCAUGUGCAGACAAAACCCUCCAGAGCUUAAGGAUGGAUGGGGUGUGUAUUAUCAAAGGAUGGUGGGGUGGCAUGAUGGAUAUAGGUAUAACAUCACUGUAGGAGGAGAGAAGGGUAUGUGCCUCUUCCCUCUCUCCCUCCCAGCCCUCCUCUGGUGCACAACCUCUAUAUGUGAAUUAACGUGUGGGGGCACAAGAAAUACAGUACCGCACAAGUUACAAAGUGGUGCUGCUUAUUUCACAGCAGAGAUAUCAUCUCUUGGGGUAUAUCUCUUGCCAAUUUAUUGGGGGGAGUAACCCACCAGGUAAGUUAGGCAGAGGAAGAGAGAGAUCAGAGGGAGAAAUACAUCGAGGAAAUGGUCUAAAUUAGUCCCCAUGAGCAAUGCUAUUAAAUAUAUUAUUUUGUCAAGGAGUCUGUGGCUCUGCCCAAGAAUUGUCUCCAGGUGAAUUGAGACAGCCGUACGCUGACCCAUAGAAAUCCAAUAGGAAACCUGUCAUGGUGUUCUUCAUUGCUCCUCACUUUUAAAGUUAGAAUUUUGAAUCUGUGACAAUAGCCACAGCCACAGGCCUCCUGCCCAGUGUUCAGCCAAGCACUGAUGAAUGUUGCUUGUUGGGAAAAGCUACAGGUUGGUGCAGAAUGAAGCAAGCAGCAGCAGCAGCAGGUUAACUUACAAGUAAAACCGCUUGGAGGUUUUACAACAGUCAAGCGGUAUAUGCAUCUUGUUGAAUGAAUGACUCCUACUUCAUCAUGAUACAUCCAAAAAAGGACCUUGGCUAUUGAUGCUAAUGUCACCUGCCUAGCCAAGCAGGGAAUGGGGACGCUAACGGUAUAAAGGAGACUUUCACUCAUGCAUUUAUCACAUGGGGGUAAGCCAUGAUCAAUUGCUGGCAGGGAGCAGUGAAGUCGGGGUGCCAAGUAAACCCAACUGGGGCAGGAAAAUGCGGGGCGGCUGCCUAAGAUGCUUGUGCACACAUACAAAGCGGCACCAGCCCUUCUCAAAGGCCUGCAUUUGGCCAUUUGCCAGGUUUCCUUUGGGGUUUCCUAGGCUGGAAAUGGAAAGUGAAGUGAGCCACUUUUGGCAGUGGGCUGGUGGAGGAGGAGGAGGUCAUCCCACCUGUCCCAGCAUGUCCUGGGAAGCCCGACUGGAGGAAGGAGAGAUGCUGACAGAACUGCAGGUGGAGGCUGCAGCCCUCUCCUCUCCUCUGUUCCCUUCAAAGGGCCGUCCAGCUCUUUCAUGUGUGCCUGCAGGGAGAAAACAACACCGGCCUUUGCAGUGGGUGCUCGCCCUGUCUUGCUCUUUCCCAUUUAAUCCGCUCCUUUUAACUCCCAGGCAGUGGAAUCCCCUUGAUCUCCCAACUGUGGAGCGGGGAGGGGUGUGCGUGUGUGUCUGUGACCAAGGGGCAGGUGCUGAUGAGCUGUCCCUUCCCUGCAACAGGCAGAUCCUAAGGAGCGGUACCCCAUCUCGGAGCUGCUAGCAGACUUGGAGAGCUGCAACGCUCGCCGGGUUCUCCUCUUCCUUGACCAGAGCUAUCCGGGGCCACUGACAAAGAAGCUGCGGGCAUCACGGCGCCAUCCCAACAUGGUGCUCAUACGUAGCACCACCACCACCACUGCCACCACUACCGCCAGCGGUGGGUCGGCUUUUGCCGAGUUCUGGGCCGGACUGCAGCCUGACCAGUGCCUCCUCCAGCAUUUGUUGCCGGUAAGUGCCAUGGAAGGAAGGUGGGCAGUGAUUGUUCGGAGUCCAAGGUGUGGUGUUUGCAGAGCAUAGGAACAUAAGGAGUCAGGCUAAUUGUCCAAUGUUGUCUACUCUGGCAGUGGCUCUCAGGUUUCAUGUUGCCUGCUGUCAGGUCCUUUUAACUGGGGACACUGGGUUUCGAACCUGGUACCUUCUGCAUGCAUAUGCUCUGCCACCAAUUUAUGGUCCCUCAAGAGAUGGCAAGGAUGCAUUUGUUUGUUCUGGACAUAAAUACCAGGGGGCUCAAAAUAGUGACUAGGAAGCCCCUGUCCUCAAAUUGCUUUUUGGCAGGUGGCAUUAGCAACAGGUGUCUCUCCAGUUCAAAGUGGCUACUUCUAGUGGCAGAAUCACUAACUGGGUGGCAACACUCCCUGGGCUCUACUCCCAGUUCCAGGGGAGGGGAGCGGGGAGUAGGGACAUUGGUGCUUAGCCAAUUAACAUAGAUGAAAACUGGCCUGAGCUGUGCAGCAAGUUCAGGGCAGAUCACAGCUCCUGGUAAGGCCAAGUCAUCUUAUGCACCAUCUUGCAACCAGUUUGGUUUCUCCUCUGUGUGUAGGGAAAGAGUUGGGAAUCAGCUGGGCAGCACGGCAGACUGAGAAAUAAAUGCUUAGGUGUAGAGGCAGCAAUGCUGGAAACUAGAACUUGGCAAAUGGCCAGAGCCAACCUUUGCUCAUGUGACUGACACACAGGCCAUCUGUGAUGACAAUUAGAGAAUGACAUCUGAAGUUUGUGGAAGGUAGCUUGCACUAAAGGAGUCUUUUGAUGUGCAAUAUGGCACCUUUGGAAAGAAAACCAUGUGUUUUGUUACAUCCCAAUUAGUUUUACUGCUCAAAAACAGACCAUUGCCAUUAAAAGGAAAAAAGGUGUGUAUAUUCAAGGUACAUUAAUGGAUGCAACAAACUAAAGGAAGUCACUGAAACUUACCAUUUUUUAGAGCUUGUGGAAGCCAGCCAGGCAGGCUUAAUUCAGUUUGCUUUACUGGCCAUCCUUACAGGCCAAUUGUGUAAGAUACUGAGAUAAUGUACCUGAAACACUGAUGCGUUGGAAGUGCUAUAUAAGCAUUGAUGCUGACGAUGGAUUGAGUUGUGGCCCAGGGCAACCUUAAGUGAAGCAAUCUCUCUCGUUCCUGGCAGGUGGGUCCAUGGUCUGCAGUCUUUGGCUCAGGUACCCCAGCCCAGCUGCUCAACGUCUCAUUAGCAGGGGCGCCCUGCCACUCUGUGCCACCCCUGGGGGAAGAGGAGCGCCAGCGCCGCUACCAAGGCUGCCAGAACCUUCCCACCAUGUUGUGGUACCAGAGCAGGCACCAGCAGCUGCAACAGGACGACGACUGAGCCUCAGCGGGGUGCUACCUUGGGACUUUCCUCAACUGACCCUUCCCCCACCCCCAUGAGGUUCUUCUUGGCUUCGGAGGACAUGGGUGGCGUUAGCGAUACCUAACGGACAGGAUUGUUGCUGUGCAAACUGCCACACAGGACCCUCUAAAGCCGCUUCCGGCAGCCAGAGCUAAAAGAAGCCAGGUACACACAAACACACACACACACGUAUAAAUAUAUAUAUAGCCAAGCCUACUCUGGCAUCUUCAGAUAUGGCCAAGCAUGCGGACGGAAGCAGUAGGGUGACAAUCAUUGCUAGACUAGCAAGUCAGAGCACCACAGAAGUAUGGGAAGAGCAAGUGGGGAACAGCAGCUGCCCUAAUGCAGACACUGUGCUGCACAAACACCCCCCCCCCCCAAAUAUGGCAGUUUCCUCCCCCGCCCCCUUUUUCACUUGGGAGCUGAAGUUGAAGAACUCUAAAGCACCCUUUGCUGAGAAAGAUUGUGGGAAUGGGGAAUGUGCUGUAAAACAACCAGCCCCUUGAAUAAAAGGGCCACUGUUCUUGGCUUCCUCCUUCAGUUGCUGUUUUAACUUGUUGUGGUGCCUUCUUGGAGUUAGAAGCAGUAAGGCAACAAACUCAUGUCUGACGCUGCAAAGAUAAAGCUGAAACUGAUCAGAACUAGGGAUUGGCUCCUUUCCCCCUCUGUGUCUGUUACUCUCUCCAGCGCUAGGUCCAUGGAUAGUUCUAUCUAAAGAUCUAGGGGCAGAAUUCCCAGAGUCUUGGCCAGGGCCACCAUCGCUUGCCCACGCAACCCAAGACUGCCUGGAGCUGAAUAGCUUUACAGUAGGAACCCUUUAGGUCCUUCUGAAAGCGGCCUCCAUAGAGCCACCAAACAGAAAAGCAGCUACCUGGGCUGGGUAGGAGAUAGAGAGGCGUUUCUUAUUGUUUUUCUGUGCCCUGCUCCUCCUUUCUACCCUGUCUCCGUGACUCCAGGUCCCCUCUUGUUUUUCCAUGUCCUUGUAGUCAAGGGAUCCAAGUAAACCAGACCCAUUUGAGAAGCACUUUCUCUCUGUGCUCUCCGUUGUGCAGAAGUGAGAAGGGUCUCCAUCCCAUCUGCCUGCCAGCCAAAACUCCUUUGAGAUAGGGAUCCUGUUGUUGUCAGCAUGACUCCAAGCUCCCAGCAUGGCCCAAUAAGGAUGAUGGGAGUUGUAGUCUGCCAACAUCUGGAGGGGGGGCAUGGGGUUCAUUACCCUAACCCUUUUCGAAUCUUUCUCCCCCGCAGGCAAAACUAGAAACGGGAUCCAGGGAUCUGAAAACACUUUUUCGAGUUUAUGAAAAUUAAAACGGGACACCUCAAAAUCAGAACUUACAAAAACACACACACAGCCAUUCUGCAGGCAUCUCCCUCUGUGGUUGUAUACAAAGUGCUGGCAAAUGUUCACGCAUGCCCCCCACCUCCACACUCCAUUCAUCUUUGCAAGGGAAGACAUUUUGUUGGGGAGAACAGUGGGGCAAGGCAGCCCUGGUCCCUGCCUCCCCCCACCCCCCACCCCUUUCGCAAUUCCCUGAUAAUACACCUGGAUCACCAAGCAACAGCUUUCCCAGGAACGCUGGCAGUAGCUUGGAGAAUAUACUCUGAAGUUGCUCUAGCACUACGUGCAGGUCCUGCUCAUGAAGAACUGCAUGCUGGGAACCAUACGCAGCCUGUAGUCUUCCUCCAGUUUGGUCUCCAUGGCCUCACUGCUAACUUGGUGGAUCAUCUGUGUGCUUUGGGUGCCUGAGCAUUUCCCCCUUUAUGCCAUACAGAGGAGGUUCAGAAAUCUAACAGCAGAGGUGGCAGCUGCUGCCUUUUUGGCUUCGAAGCCACAUCCUUGCAGGAUUUGCUGUUGUCACUGUCAGCUGCUCAGUAGUUCUCGUUGCUUGGCUAUGAUUCUGUGCUUGCCUCUUCUUCCUCCCCCUCUCCC